AAAUUCCAAAGGCAAGAAGAAUCCCAGCUAGGCAAUCCAUGAAGUGCAUUCAGGCAUCCACUGGAAAGGCUGCAGCUUGGCAUAUCAUGCUUUGGCCAACAACCCCAAUGAGUGAACCAAGUCUUGUUGCUGUGCUACAGGGGGAAAGAUCCGGAAAAUUGGGCCGCAGACAGGAGUUCAGCCAGACGGAUUUCCUUCUCAAAUGAUGCCACAUUGGACCCAUGCGGAGUAUCCAAGGUGUUUGAAUUCAUUUCUGUACCCAUAUUGCCAACCUUGUUGGCAGUGACUUCCAUUGCAGUAGAACUCUGCAUGGAUCCAGACCAGAAUUUUAUUUGGUGCUACCUAGAGACUGUUUCGUUGUUGACCUUAUUUGUGCUGCAUCCAUUUUUCUUCGAUGCCACAGAGUUGGGUGACUCUGUACGGUGUGUUCACCGACUACCCUUCUGCCCAAGGCCCAUCGUGCUGCCUCUUGUUGGAGUUGCUGGACGUCAGCGUGUCAGAUCUGCUGGCACACUCCAGCCUGCAUGGCUGCUCCAUGUGGAUCACCCAGCACUGUGCGCGAGACGUCCUGGAAGGCCUUGCCUUCCUCCACCACAGAGGCUAUGUGCAUGCAGACCUGAAGCCGCGCAACAUCCUGUGGAGUGCGGAGGAGGAGGGCUUCAAGCUCAUUGACUUUGGACUCAGCUUCAAGGAGGGAAUUCAGGAUGUGAAGUACAUUCAGACGGACGGAUACCGCGCUCCUGAGGCUGAGCUGCAGAACUGCCUCUCCAAGGCAGGAGUGCAAGGCGGGACGGAAUGCACUUCUGCUAUCGAUCUCUGGAGUCUUGGAAUAGUAUUACUGGAGAUGUUUUCAGGAAUGAAACUAAAACAUACUGUCCAGUCUCAGGAAUGGAGGGCAAAUAGUUCUGCCAUUAUUGAGCACAUUUUCGCCAGCAAAAGUGUAGUGAAUUCUGCCAUCCCUGCCUAUCACCUCAGAGACCUCCUCAAAAGCAUGCUUCGCGAGGACCCACAGGAAAGAGCCACUGCAGCAAAGGCCUUGUGCAGCCCCUUCUUCAGCAUUCCUUUUGAUAUCGUGGAUGACAUAAGAGAAGAAUGUUGCAAAUAUGGACAGGUCGUGUCCCUGUUUGUUCCGAAGGAAAAUCCAGGCAAAGGCCAUGUCUUUGUUGAGUAUGCAAAUGCUGCGGAUUCAAAAGCUGCCCAACGAGCCCUGACCGGGAAGAGUUUUGACGGCAAGUUUGUUGUGGCGACAUUUUACCCACUGAGUGCCUAUAAGCGAGGGUAUCUUUACCAAACCAUGCUUUAGUCUGCGGCAGCGGUCAGGAGAGACGCACGUAUCCAAAGCUGCCUUGCUUUGCCAAAGUAUUUUCCAGAGGCGAACUCCAUCUGUACUCCUCCUUUCUCAUUCUGUGGUUGGCAAGAAAAAGACCCAGGUGUUUCUGUUUUGUUGCAAUGAAAUCAGCCUCCUUCUUGCCUUUGAUUUACUCUACAGUAACCAAAAUCCUGUGAAAUGGAUGUUGGAGAUUAAAGGUGAAGAAGAAUUCAGUGGGAAAGAAAUAGAGGCUCAAGGCAGUGUUGGGGCUUAUGGCACCGAACUUAGAGAUGCCAAGCAUUGAAUGGUGGCAUGGAGGGUUGCUGGUGUCUGAAAGAGUCCGUGAAGCAACUCUGGAGUUCCUUGUGCCACAAGCAGAGAAGCAGCAGAAUGUGCCAUGGAGGACAUGCAUCCGGAUGAGGCUUUUAAUCUGCCUUCAAACAAUUUUAUGGGGAGAACAGAUAACAUUGUCAGCCCAUUCUACUCCUCCCAUGUUUCCCCAGCACUUCCUCCUCCUUGUCUUCUUACCUCAGAAAGUCUGUUAAGGAGGGGAAAGUGGAACAGGAAUGGAGGGGGCAAUGGGUGCCAUUUUGAGGCGUUCCUCCUUUCUCUAUUGUUUCCAGUUUCAGAGACUUUCCAAGUCCCUUCCCUUGAUCUGAGGGCUCUCCACCUUAAUUAAUUGCUUCUUGGAAAGAGGUUUCCCCAAUCCACACCCUUCAGUUGACUAUUUAAUCAAUAAGUUACACUGGAAACAGUAGCACUUGCUUUAAAGUAGAAAUGUUUCUAGCUAUAGUCCUGUAAGGCUGCCGCCUUCUAGCUGUGUGCUGCAAGCGCUGCUCUUCUUUUCACAAUUUUACUAUGGUCAAAUAGUGAAAGUAACAAGCAGGAGAAAUCAAGCUGGCAAGCUCUCUAGCCUGGCUGUGAAACUGGCUGUUUGAUAAAGAUCAGAUUGUGAAACUGGUUAGUCUGCAGAGGGGCAUUUUCAAGCAAAGUCCACAGGACUUUCAGCCCAAUCUGUAGCUGUGUUUAUUCAGAAGUAAGCUUAGCUGCAAACCUCUUGCCCUGUGUUACAGGAACUCUUUUUAAAAGCAACUACUUUUUCAAAAACUUUGCAAUUGUGCUAUUUAGAAAACGGUAGAAAAAACCCACAGAAAGUGAUGUGCUAAAAUGGCACAGAGAUGCAAGCACCUCAGAAUGUUAGGAGAAGGAUUGGUGGCCACUGGUGAGGACAGGGAAAAGCAAAGGAACAACACAGCCCACCCUAGGGAUGGAACAUAACAAGAUCUACACACCCAAAAGAGCACAAAGCCUGACACAUCUAGUGGGUGGCCAAUUCCAAUGUCACUUGUAUCUUAUAAUGGAAGAACCACAAUGGGA